AUGUUUGCUUCAUUUACAAAGCGUCGUGAGGGUUUGUAUAGAAAAGCUAGCGAACUCGCUACAGAAUACAAUGUUGACAUUGGAAUAAUGAUGAUUUCCUCUACUGGUAAGCCUCAUUCCUUUUUUCACCCAACAUUUGAUGCAGUUAUUUCUCGUUUUCAGAAUCCUGAUAUGCAGUUUGGUGAAAGCACAAAUCUAGAGGCAAAUGCUGCUAGAAAUGAAGUGAAUCAACUCAAAACUAAGCUUGAAGAACUUGAUGUCAGAGAAGACAUUGCAAUUGCUAAGAAAAAUUCUUAUGAACAAAUGGAAGAAACAAGACAAAAAGAUUGGUGGGAGUCGACUGAGCAGCUCAAUGCAGAUCAAGUGUUCAUAUUUGAAACUUGGUUGAAUGAAACUAGUUCUAACUUACACCAUCGUUUAAAUCAAUUAGAAAUUGAAGCUUCAUCCUCAAUGAGACAUGAAUCUUUUGGAGUGUGA